AUGUAUAAAGAAAAAAAUAUGGUACCGCCCGAUGGGGGAUGGGGAUGGGUCGUAGUCAUCGGCGUCAGCGUAAUCAACCUAACGACUAGAUCGCUGGAGCAAUCGUUCGGCUUGCUCUUCGGCGAUCUCCUCAACGAAUUGAACAUUGAGACCACCGGCGCCGCCAUUAUAAUGAGCAGCCUCGACGCCCUGGUCAAUUUCUCCGGCCUUCUAGUCGGCCCCUUAAUCCGCGCCUACUCCUAUCGCACGGUAUCCCUCGUGGGCACAGCCCUCUGCAGUCUAGGUCUCAUCCUGACGUUCCCUGCGAGGAGCAUGGAGCACAUUCUCGCCACUUACAGCAUCAUCAACGGUUUGGGGGUGGGACUGGCGGCGUCCUCGACCUUCGUGGCGCUCAGCAACUACUUCGUGAAGCGCCGGGGGCAAGCGGUGGGGUUCUCGCUGGCGGGGACCGCGGUGGGGAUGAUGUUCAUGCCGCAGGUGAUCCGCUACCUGCUGGAAUGGUACACUUUUCGCGGGGCCAUUCUCAUACUGGGGGCGUUCGCUAUGAACGGUAUAGCGGGAUCGGUGGUCCUGCAGCCGGUCGAAUGGCAUUUGGUGCCCGAAAGGAUCGACGAUGAAGAGGAGGGAUACAAUCAGAAGAUGAUAUUUUAUUUCGCGUCGACAGAGGAAAUGGAGACCAUUAAAGAGACGGAAGACGAGGAUUUGGAUAUACAAGAAGCUCAAACGUUGAUAGCGAAAAUAAAUUCCGAGGUGGCCAUCAAACAAAUGGACGAGUCGCUGAAACCGAACGGUUUUUCGAGAAAAUCCACGUUUCCCAGAAACUUUUCCACCAUCAGCUUCGCCGGCAGUCAAAAAAAACGAAGAAUAUCCACGGAAUCCCUCGUAUCGAGUUAUUCCCGAUUGGACUUCACCGGAUCUAGCAUACAGCUACAGCUCGAUUCAAGGGAGGCGGAUCAAUCGUUUCAAAUCUCAUCCAGACAGCUGCGCAGGAACAUGAGCUAUCCAGGAGUACCAUCCACGACUAUCCAGAAAAUGCGGCCCAUAUCGCCCCCGGGGGAAAAGGCGGAGUCGAAGGCGACCUUCUGGCAGAAAGUGGUCGAAUUCAUGGAUCUGGAUCUGCUGAAUUGCCCGAUAUAUUUGAACCUGGUGCUCGGGCUGUCGUUAGCCUAUGUGGCAGAGCAGAAUUUCAAAACUGUUCUGCCCUUUCUCUUUCUCAAUUUGGGUUACGAUAAGAAAGACGUCGCGACGUUUCUAUCGUUCCAAGCACUGACUGAUAUUUUAGCCAGACUGAUUUUACCGCCGAUCUGCGACAGGAUCAAUAUUUCCAAGAAGACUUUCUUCAUGAUGGGCAUAUUUUCCGUGGGAUUAUCCAGAUCAGCCCUAGCGCACCAAACCGAAUGGACUAACAUUGUGAUUUGGUUGUUGAUUUGUGGCUUCGCCAGAGGGGCCACUCUCAUCAAUUUCACCAUCACAAUAGCGGAGUACACCUCUCGGUUUUCCACUUUAGAGAAGUUACCGGCGGCUUUUGGACUUCACAUGGUCGGGAAAGGACUCUUCGUCGUGGUGUUGGGCCCGUUACUAGGCUACAUUCGAGAUUACACGAAGAGCUACCCGAUUUGCAUCCAUUCGCAAACCAUGCUGAUUAUGCUGGGUUGUUCCGCUUGGGUGGCUGAAUACCUGAUCAUUUGGUGUCACAAGAAGGAAAAGGCCCCGUCCGUUGCUAACACAGCCACCACGACGACUACGAGUACGUGA